UGGAAAAAGCAUUGCCAGAUUACUCUUUAGAUUUACAGCAAGCCAAUGCCCUUAUUUUCUGUCGUGAGGAUGAAUAUAAACCGCUAAGUGUUCUUAACCAUUUUAGUAAGGAGAAUUCUAGCAUUAAGCGUUUUCAAGGUGGCAUCUAUGAGCAACGGUGA